AUGUGGACAUCCACGAGGACAUCACUCUCUGCUGCAGAGGUGACAAGUCUGCGACUGACUGAAGUAGUAGUUCCCCCGUACGUGGACAUCCACGAGGACAUCACUCUCUGCUGCAGGUUCGACACAGACGAGGUGACAAGUCUGCGACUGACUGAAGUAGUAGUUCCCCCGUACUUGGACAUCCACGAGGACAUCACUCUAUGCUGCAGGUUCGACACAGACGAGGUGACAAGUCUGCGUCUGACUGAAGUAGUAGUUCCCCCGUACGUGGACAUCCACGAGGACAUCACUCUCUGCUGCAGGUUCGACACAGACGAGGUGACAAGUCUGCGACUGACUGAAGUAGUAGUUCCCCCGUACGUGGACAUCCACGAGGACAUCACUCUCUGCUGCAGGUUCGACACAGACGGCGAGAAGCUCUACUCAGUCAAGUGUUACCACAAUGUUGCAGAGGUGACAAGUCUGCGACUGACUGAAGUAGUAGUUCCCCCGUACGUGGACAUCCACGAGGACAUCACUCUCUGCUGCAGGUUCGACACAGACGGUGAGAAGCUCUACUCAGUCAAGUGGUACAAGGACGAGUUGGAGUUCUUCAGUUACAUGCCGGGCAACACUCCCCACACGCAGAUAUUUCCUCGUCCAGGCAUUGUUUUAGACGAAACCCUGAGUGACAAGACCAGUGUAACGCUGACAGCGCUGAGCUUCAACACUAGCGGGACGUACAGGUGCGAGGUCUCGACUGAGGCGCCUAGCUUCAAAACUGUGUUUGCCAGCAACAACCUCACUGUUAUGGUCCUGCCAACGUCGGAACCCGAGAUAGUCGGAGUGCAAAGGCGUUACUAUCUGGGUGACCACAUCAACACUACUUGUACCUCGGCUUGGUCUCACCCAGCGCCGUCUCUGUCCUGGUACAUCAACGGUGCCAAGGCGGAUCCAACACGGUUGGUACAGUAUCCCCUGGUCUCCAGUCAUGGUUUGUUCUCCCAGUCUUUGGGUCUCAGUUUUCUCCCAGAGAGACGACACUUCCAGGGUCCUUACUUCGCCCUGGAGCUGCGCUGUCGCGUCACCAUCGACAAUCUGCCCCCCUGGGAGCGCCUGGUCACUCCCCGACUCCACGUCGAUCUCACUAACCAGAAGCUGUCCAUGGUUCUCAGUCAGGCCAGCUGUAGAAACUCCCUGUUGUCAACUGUCACCGCCCUGUCAGCAGCUAUUCUCGCCGCCACCACGUGACAUUGGACUAUCACUUUACUAAUCUACCAGUAACUCACGUGUUUAUCUGAUACAAUACUUAUUUUUUACUUUUUAUAAAACUUGCUCAAUUAGUAAAUAUAACUAAAUAUGAAUGUAUAUAGUAAACAAUGCUAACUCUUGUAUUUUUAAAUAAGCUAUUUUGUUUCAUGUAAAAAGGCAAUAAAUGUUAUCGUGA